AUGCAUGAAUCCCGGCGUGGGGUUGCAGCGACAGCAGCAGCAGAGGGAGCAGCAGCAGCGCCCGCAACCGCUGAUGACGACCCGUCGACCGCCUUUGACUGGUCGCUGGGUCUGGCGCUGGCGGGGUGCGCGUUUGAGGCGUACAACGACAUUGAGGCGGGCGCCCCCAGCCUCAAGAUGACGUCCAUGGGCGGCACAGAGAUCACCUACGUGGACAAGGACUUCCUGAGGCGGAAGUUUGCCGGGUUGAUGGAGGUGACAGCGGUGAAGGCUGCCGGCUUGCCGGCCGCCGACUGGUGGCCAGGCUCCAAGAGCGAUCCCUAUGCCGUGCUCAACAUUGGCGACUCGGCGGCAGCCACGGCUGUGGUGCAGCAGAGCCUGGAGCCGCAAUGGGGGGAGACCUUCUUCCUCGACCCCGCCAAGCAGCGCCUGACUGUGCGUGUGCUGGAUGCGGAUGUGGGCAAGUCUGAUGACCUGCUGGGCAGCACCAUGCGGGGCCUGCAGGACGUGGUGGAUGGCGCGGCGCACGAUGUGGAGCUGCCGCUCAGGGGAGGCAGUGGGUCGGCGGGCAGCAUCACCCUGCGCCUGCGCUUCCUGGCGUUUGGGCAAGACGAUGUGCUGGCGGGGGAGGCGGCCGCCAGCCACAUGGGCGACCCUGUGCUGGGCUCGCCCCCAUCCACCAUCCUUUCCAGCCAGUGGCGCAGCCUGCAGCGGGACGUGUUGAACGCGGCUGCAGAUGCUAUGUUUGAUCCUGUGGCAUAUCUUGACAACCCUGAAACAGACACCCAGGUUUGGAUUUUCUGGAACCCAGCCACCCGCCGCGUCUGCGUGGCCUUCCGUGGCACGGAGCAGACCAAGUGGAAGGACAUCCUCACCGACCUCAGCCUUGUCCCCGCGUCGCUCGACCCAGAGGGGGUGCCCGACCCGAGCCAGCAGGCCUGGCGGCGGCGGGACGCGGCCGGCCAGGCCGCCAGCCCCGCGCCAACCCUGGAGGCAGCUGUGAGCACCCUGCAGAGCAAGCGCCAGGACUUCCGCUCCUCGGUGCUCCAGGGCCUGCGCACCGUCCUCCAGCAGCAGCAGCAGGAGCAGGGUACGGCGGCGGCAGAGCAGGGCGGCGGCGAGGAUCAGGCGCCCCUCUGGGUGCACCACGGCUUCCUUGACGCCUAUGCCAGCGUGCGGUCAGAGGUGCUGCGCCUGCUGGAGACUGUGCUGGCAGGCGAGACGGAGCCAUGGACGCUGUACGUGACGGGGCACUCGCUGGGCGGCGCGCUGAGCACGCUGUGCGCCUACGACUGCGCGCGUCGCACCUGGCGUGGCGUGCCCCGCCCCGCCAUUGUCCACUACAACUACGGCUCCCCCAGGGUUGGGAACAAGGCAUUUGCGGAGCAGUUUGAUGCGCUGGUGCCCAACACCUGGCGGGUGGCCAACAGCAACGACGCCGUGGCGCUGGUGCCGCGCAUGCUGGGCUACUGCCACGUGGGACACAGGGCGCUGCUGGGCCCGGAUGGGCAGGUGGAGCUGACACGCAACAGCAGCCAGUCUCUGGGAGAGGGGGCGGAGAUGGCUGAUGUGGCCCUGGCUGCAGCCGUCAACCUGCCCAUGCUCACAGAGCAGCUGCUGGCGAAGCAGGAGGAGGCGGCAGUAGCCUCGGGCGACGAGCAGAGCAUCGCCACCGCCGACAUGCUGCAGCAGAGCAAGCCGGUGCUGGUGUCAGCCGCGACCGCGGUGGCCGCCGCGGCCAGCGCGCUUGCGGGCACCGGCCAGCAGCAGGAUGGUGAGGCGCAGCCUGGCAGCAAGGCCGCCGCUGCAGCCGCGGUGGUCUCCUCGGCGGCGGCAACAGCGGCUGCUGUGGCGGCAGCUCCCAGCGUGCGGGAUGUGGCCAGCCUGUUGGAAGAAGAGAUUCGGGCCAUGAGCGCGCUGUUGGACGGCAGUGCGCUCAGCGACCACCUGGAGCCGCUAUAUCUGGAGAACCUGUCGGCAGCCAUCGCCAAGCUGCAGGAGCUGAAGGAGGCGUGA